AUGGCAUUUACUCCUUCUGUCCUUCAACAGUCUUCAUCUUCGACGACGACGACGACGACGAGAGCAGCGAUUUGUGCAUCAUCAUCUUCAUCGAAAAAGUCUUCCAACCUUGCCGUGAGAAGAACAUCAAGAGGAAGAAAAGUAACAGCAACCGUGAUGGCAUCCUCAUCGAAUAAAGUUGAACCGGCUAUUAUUAUCGGCGGCGGCCGCGUUGGACAGGCGUUAUUCGAUAUGGGCGUUGAAGGGGACGUAAUCGUCAAAAGAGACGACGAGUUUCCUUCCUCGCCCAGUUCUGGCCCAAUUUUCGUGUGCACAAGGAACGAUGUUUUAGAGACUGUCAUCGAGAAAACGCCCGCUAAUCGACGCGAGGAUUUGAUCUUCAUGCAAAACGGAUACUUAGAUUCAUUCUUACAGUCCAAAGGGUUGGAAAAGAACACGCAAGCGCUUAUUUAUUUCGCAGUCGCCAAGUUCGGAGAGAAACCGACGGAUGGCGUGACGAGCGUCAAUCCGGAGGGAUUAACUGCCGUUACUGGUAAGUGGAGCGACCAGGUCGCCGCGAGAUUUCACAACGGUGAUUUAUCGUGUCACGUGAAAGAUGCAGCGAAAUAUCGAGCUUCGAUGCUUGAAAAGUUAAUCUGGAUUUCUGCGUUCAUGUUAGUCGGUGCCCAACAUCCCGGCGCUACCGUCGGCGACGUGGCUACCACGCACAAGAGCGAAGUCGAAGGACUCAUCAAGGAACUCGUCCAAGGUGUGGCGGAUAUUAACGACGUCACGUUCGAAGCGGGAACUUUGGAGCGAUUAUUAGCGUACGCGGACUCUGUUGCGCACUUCCCAACCGCGGUGAAAGAGUUUGAGUGGAGAAACGGCUUCUUCUACAAUUUGUCCACGCAGACGAUGCAACAGAGCAAAGACGACCCGUUCCCGAAGCACACGGCGAUGUUGAAGGCUAUCAAUGCAAUUUAA